CAAAUGAGCAUUUCAAGUCUAAAUCCGCAAAUACUGAACUGGUUGUCCUCCAAAGGCAUUGAUACAAACAGUGGUAAAUAAAGCCAAAGUAAUAGACCAAAUCAUCAAGAGAUAUUUCUUGGACGGCAAAAAUGAAUCAGAAAAUUUCAUAAAGACUAGGAACAAGGUCCUAUCUAACCUAAAGAUCUUUCCGAAAUCAUUGGCGCCUUCAAUGAAGUCUUGUUCACAAUAUGUACACAAGAAUAGUUUAAAGAUAAUUGAGAAACUACAUAAGCACAUUAAAUCGAAUGUGAACAAGAGCUUUAAUGACCAACAGAGAUGAAAGAACAAUGCCCCUAGAACUCAGCUCACUAGUAUAGAGAGGGAAAAGAGGAAUGACUUAUCAGAGCUUGAUCUAAUCGGUCUUGCUAAUAAUUCAAACCUAAGCUGUAAAGCUACGAAUUAUUUACUUCCAAUAAAUGAUAUCGAGAAAAGUAUUCUUAAAAUCGCUUCUGAAGUUAUUUCAUCAAACAAUAAUGACCUUUUUAAGAAUGAAGAGAAAUUAAGAAGGAUUCUGACUAAAGAAAACUCAUCAGAUAUCAAGAAGAUAUUUCAAGAUAGUGUCAGUAUCAUUAAAAAAUACUUCCAGAAGCAUACAACUAAGAUCAUGACAGAGAUGGAUGCCUUGUUAAAAGACUCUAAUAAUCUAUCGAACAGGAGCCGACUAAAGUCAGUCGCUUUUCAUAAUUUAAGCAGUAACUUAAUCCUCCCAAGCACUGUUGAGCCAAGCUGAAGUUCAAACUCAAGAAAUGUGCCGCUCUUAAUGGAAAGUAGAAGUAUAUAUAAUCAGAAGUCGUAUUCACUAUGCUCUAAUAGUUUAAACUCGAUCCAUUGUAGUUAUAGAUGCUCACAAGGAGAUUCUCAGCAGAUCAAAGUGCCUGCAUCGUUAUCUAAAAAGCCAGGAGUUCCAUGUAAGGCUAUUAAGAAACUGAAGGAUAAAUCAAUAACAGGAGUUUCCUCUCUAAAUUCUCACAACACAAGCUUAUCAAGGAAAGGAAAUAUGAGGAAGAAAAAUAAGUCUUUGAAGAUCUGAAAUAAGAAUAAUUCUGAAAUUAUGAAGAAAACAAAGCCAGGGUCUCAUGUUAAAUAUCACAAUAUCUCUCAUAUGUCAAGCUCUUCAAGCUUCCAUAAGUAUUUUAAGAGCAAAAGAUCCUCUACACAACAAGUGUCAAAACUUAAAUGAGAAAGAUCUUCCAGUGAGCCUGCAAAAGAACCUAAAUUAUCAAAUAAUAUGAUUAAAAUUAGGCGGAAAAACAAAAGAGAGGAAAAAUCUGCCAUUUAUGAUCCUCUACAGCCGAUAGCACCCACUCCAACUGUGCAGUUUAACCUUGAGAGAAGUGAUAUGAAGCAGAGGAAAGACUCUCAGAGCCAGGGAAAGACAAAGAUUAAAGAAGACUUUAAUAAUGAUAACUUGUUGGUAGAGAUUUCAAAUUCAAGUUCAGUUCGCAAAAUACCUCUUGAAAAUAGUGCAAAAGAAAGCUCUCAAAACUAUGAAGCCAAUAUGAACCACUCACAUAAAGAUAUAAGCAUUCAAUUGAACCAGAGGCAGAAUCCAGAGAUGGAGCUAAGUGGAGAGUAUGAAGAUAUAUCUCAUAAAUUUUCCCAGAUAAGCCCAAUCCCAUCUUCCAACUCUAAAAUUGAAAACAAAGUAUUAGAUACGAACAUCAAGCCAAUUCCAAUGAAAAUCCUAGGUUUACCUAAACAAAUGGAUGAAUCUAGUCAGAAUGGCUUCCAGAUAAGAAAACACUCUAUUCUGUUAAUAGAUAAUUAUGAGCCUAAUGGGCAGCAUGACUCUAUUUUUGACUUGAAUAUGAGUAAUUCUUCAGACAAGAAAAACUCAACUCAAGAGUUACCUGCCACUGUAAAGGUUGGACAAGGCAACAAAGGGUCUCCAAAUCUCAGUAUUAUUGAUCAGUUCCAGAGCAAAAACCAGAAUAAUGAAGAAAUUAAAGAAAUCCUUACAGAAAUCAACGGAAAGCAAGCAGACGAUCAAGAAGAUUUCUAUGAAAUUGAAAUGAGAGAGAAAAUAGAUGAUUAUAAAGACCUCCAACAACUCUACAAGAAUGAACAAAACCCUAAAACAAAGGUCACCACAGACCAAUAUGGGAAGCUUCAAAAGUUGGAUAAAGAUUUUCUGUCUCAGAAAUUUCCAAACAGACGGAGCAGACAGAAGAACAAAGCAUGAAUGUCUUUGGCGAGGCCUUCAUAUUCUCACCAAAUAGUGAGUAAAAACUCUUCUCUAAAUAUUCCCAAACACAACCGAAGUCAGAUGGGAAGAUCCAAAGAAGCAAUUCUUUCUGAAGAAGAAGUCAGGAGGAUCGAGCAAAUCCUUGACUGUAAAAAUAGAGCGGUCAAUAAAUGGAUAGAGGAGAAAGAAGACCAUUAUGACAAGUUGAUGCAAAAGCUUUAUUCUAAGGCUGAGAAACGUCUAAAGAAAUACAGUAACCUUGAUUGUGAUAGUGCUAAUAAAUCAGAUAACGAAGAAAGUAACAGAUUCUCUCUUAAGAGCUCAGAUACAGAGCAAUAUAAUCUUAAUUCUAAAAGUGAUACUGAGGAUUCCCAGAAUAUUAACAGUUCAUUAAUGAAGCACUUAGAAAAAGAGUUCGAAGAUGGCAUGAUCAGUGACUCUGUAAAGAAGAUAUAUAAAUCUUCUAAUAAAGUAUUUCCAAAACCAGAGGUGUAUGUGACUCAUGAAGUAUAUGCUUCUGGUAAAGACAAGCAUGAAGAAAAUCCUGGGCUUAUUAGCCUAACUAAGCAGCCCCAAAGUUAUUCCUACAAUAAGAAGGAGCCAGUAAUAGAAAGUGGAGAAAAUGAUGUGCCCAAUAUUUCCUCAAAUACUUCAAGAAUAAAACCAUUAUCUUGUAAACUGAAAUCUAAAGAAUUGCAGGAGAAACAGAUUGAUGCUGACUUUAUGAGGCAGUUGUGAAGAAAUCAGAAAAGAAGUCGUGGGUCAAUCUUGAAAUCUAACCUGACAGAUUCGAAAAAUACAUUAAAUGGAGAAGCCAUUUCAGCCACAGUGGAUUGUCAUAACUACAGUGUGAGUUAUGAGUCUUCUGGCGUAAGGGAGAAGUCUUUAAACUUUACAAAUACUCAAAUAGAUGCUCUAUUUUUCUUAGUUGAAGAGUACUCAAGAGAAUAUAAAAUUGAUCCUCAGGUACAAGCUCAGACGAUGAUAGAGUUUUGGAAGAAUGAAUAUUCAAAAACAGCUUUAUAUGAUAAAGCAUUCCGGGGAGAACUAAACCCUGCAUUUGUUGAAGAUAUCCUCAGCGAUUCAAAGCCUAAAUGAAAGAAGUUACAGAACAAUCAUUAUGAUAUUCUGAUGCUAAGAACUCUUGCUAAGAUGGAUGAAAAUUCAGUGAGGCAAUUGUAUAUUAAGAACAAGUUCAAAUUGACUAGAAAAGAAUAUGGAUAUUAAGGUGCAUAAUAAGUUAAAUAAUUUCAAUG